AUGGACGCGUACCAACCCUCUUUUCAGACCCUUAAUCAUCUUCAUUUCUCAAAUCUGGCCUCCAAACCUCUCUCGUUUCACUUUUUCCCUAGUCUCCCUGCCGAGGUCAGGCUCGAAAUAUGGAAAUCGUUCCUUCUGGCUAGACGCCGAUUUUUCACCGUACGCCUUGCUACCGAGGAUGGGUAUGUCGCUGGCCAAUAUGACCUCUUGGUGGAGCAGAAGCCUCGCAUCAAUCAACUUUGGAAUGUGUGCAGGGAAUCCAGGGCAGCUGCUCGGGACCAUUUCCGACUUCCUAUUCCUGUUGGCCCUAGCAACACUUCGACACUCUGGUUAAGCCCUGAGAGUGAUUAUCUCUUUAUACGUCUCUUCGAAACGAAGAUCAGUCUAUUUAUCAACUUCAUCAAUGAUCUAAAAGCAUCUGAUCCGCGUGGUGUUGGUUUACUUCAUCUUGUUUUAAAUGGCAGCCGUGACCGAACUCCAAAAGCUUUGAGAGCAUUCAAUCCGGAGCCGGACCACACACUAGGCAUCUCACAAGAUGCCCUUGAGACCUUCAAGAAAUGCAUCACAGACCUUCAGUCAGUGUGGUUUAUCAAGUUCUUGCCUGAAAGUGCUCGUGUCGGCCUGAGCGCUUUCCAUCCAUUUGCGGGUCUCAAUCGAGCAACGCCGCUAUUCCCACAUGGUAUUGAAUUUGAUUUGUUCAGCUUGGACCCGCGGCCAAUUCAACCAAGCAUGAAGAAGAACGAAGUAAUAUGGGGCGACCCUAGAGAUGUUGUCCAUGCAUGGGUGGACAUGGAAAGGAAGCUAGGCUUUCAUAACGAAGGCGGCAGUGAUAACGAGCUUACCCGUGAGAUCUCUCAUCUUCUCACGGUAGGAGCUACACGUUGGGCUCCGCACCAUCCUACGCUUGAGGUUAGAUGUGAUCAAACUAUGGAUGCAUUUCUACAAUUGGAGCAAGACAGAGUCCACAAGAAAUAUCAAGAUGGAGAGUUUAAGGGUUGGCAGGAACCCGAAGAACGCAAGAAGAACCUCCUAUCGGCGGCAGGUUUUUGGCUUUUCCCACUUGGGACGUUUGAUGCUUGGCAACAUAUUAUGAUGGAAGAGGGACGCCUAGACUUAAGAGGCCUACAGCCGGGAUUGGGGCUUUUCGAACUGCCACAACAGAUGGAGGAGACUGACCUAUUCCAUUGUGAGAGACCCUGGGCAUCAAGUUAA